AUGCCUGAUGAAGUUAACAAAAUUUAUAUAUCAUAUAAUCAAUUACAUGAUAUUAUUCGACAAACUGUUCAACGAACAAAUCUUGUUAAAACAUUUUCACCAACACUUCUCAUUGCUAUAAGUGCUGGUGGAUUUUUACCAACAAGAAUUCUACGUAAUAUUAUUAAAUGUGAAAUAGGUGGUAAAUCAUUACCUAUUCAAACAAUAGGUUUAUGUUUAUAUGAAAGUGAAAAACAUGAAAUAUAUAAAACUCAAUGGAUAUCAACUGAUCUUAAAAAUGAUUCAUGGGCUGUAUCAUUUAAUGGUCAACAUAUUCUUAUUAUUGAUGAAGUUGAUGAAACACGUACAACAUUAAGUUAUGCUGUAAGUGAACUUGAAAAAGAUAUUGAAAAACAACGAAAUAUAUGUAAAGAAAAUAAUGAAGAAUGGAUCGAACCAAAAUUAGGUGUAUUUGUUGUACAUAAUAAAACAAUUACUAAACGUGCUAAUUUACCAGAAGAUUUAAUGAAAAAUUCUUAUUUUGUUGGUGAAAAUGUUGGUGGUGAGUGGAUUGUUUAUCCAUGGGAUGCUUUAGAUAUUGAUGAUCAUACACGUUUAGCAGAAAAUUGUAAUAAAACAAAUAAACUUACGUGUCCAUCGGUUAAUGAUGAUUGA